AUUGGCCUGAUCAGAAGCUGAGUUGAUAAGAUGGAAGAGCAGGAAUUGUCUGGCCCUGAAUCAGGAGAAGGACCUCCUACCUUUCAUGCUGGAAAGAGUGAGGAAUUCUGGGAGAGAUCUGCACCAGAGACUUUGAGUGAGGACACCACCAGCUCAGACACAGAGUGCCAGCGCUUCAGGCACUUUUGCUACCAGGAGGCCGAGGGGCCCCGAGAGGUUUGCAGCCGACUCCACCAUCUUUGCCGUCGGUGGCUGAAGCCGGAAAGGCACAGCAAGCAGCAGAUGCUGGACCUGGUGAUCCUAGAGAAGUUCCUGACUGUCCUGCCCCCAGAGGUGGAGAGCUGGGUGAGAGAAUGCAGAGCAGAGACCAGUUCCCAGGCAGUAGCCCUGGCAGAAGGAUUCCUGUUGAGCCAGGCGGAGGCUGCAGAGCAAGUGCCAUCAGAAGGGGCUGCUGUUUCCCCUGAGACAGAAGAGGCUCCCUUAGAGCCCAAGCAGAGGUCACUGUCAUGGGUGAUCCCAUUGGAGGCUGAUGGAGAAGCCACCCCACUGGGUAGCGGAAGGACGCUGCCUGCUUGUUCUGGGCCUCCCUCUCUUUGUGGCAGAGGGAAAGCAUCGUCGGGGCACGCGGAUCAGGGUCUGAUGUCCUUUGAGGAAGUGGCUGUGUGCUUCUCAGAGGAGGAGUGGGCUUUGCUGGAUCCAAGCCAAAAGGCUCUGCACAGGGAAGUAAUGGUGGAAAACUGCAGGAACCUGGCAUCUCUGGGAUUUCAGGUUCCCAGGGCUGACUUCACCUCCAAGCUGAUGGACGAUCCAUUGGUUCAGGGGUCCGAGGAACGAGAGAAAUUGGCAGAAGGGGAGAGAAAAAGAAGGGAGAAACAGCAUAGAAGGAAAAAUGAAGCCAGACUUCAAGAAGGGAAGAAAUCAGUUGCUUCUGAAUGCAGUAAUUCCCAUAUGAUUACACUUGAAGAACAAAGUCAUAUAGGAACUACAGGGAAUAAAUUCCCUGAAAUUGCAAAAAUCUCAGCUGGUAAGUCAAGACUUGGUACUACUCAAGCAAUAAAGAAUAGGGAGAAACAGCUGAAAUCCUCAGUGUGUUGGAAGAGUAGUCAUCUGAGCAAUGACCUUAUUUUAUAUGAUAGAUUGGACUCACAUAAAAAUCUCCCCAAAUGCUCUAAGUGUGGAAAGAGCUUCAGUGACAGAUCAGGUCUAGCUAAACAUCAAAGAAUCCACACUCAGGAGAAACCAUAUCAAUGCUCAAUAUGUGGCAAGAGUUUCAAUCAGACUUCAGGCCUUGCUUACCAUCAAAGAAUACACACUGGGGAGAAACCAUAUCAGUGCUCAAUAUGUGGCAAGAGCUUCAGUGUCAGUUCAAACCUUUUUUCCCAUCAAAGGAUCCACACAGGGGAGAAAUCAUAUAAAUGCUCAGAAUGUGGAAAGAGCUUCAUUCGGAAGGACCACCUCAUUUCCCAUCAAAGAAUCCACACUGGGGAGAAACCAUACCAAUGCUCAGAAUGUGGAAAGAGUUUCAACCAGAGCUCACACCUUGCUUCCCAUCAAAGAAUCCAUACUGGAGAGAAACCAUAUAAAUGCUUAGAGUGUGGAAAGAACUUCAGUGACAAAUCAUGUCUUGGUUAUCAUCAAAGAAGUCACAAUGGGGAGAAGCCAUAUCAAUGCUCGGUGUGUGAAAAGAGCUUUAGUUUCAGCUCAAGCCUUGCUUCCCAUCAAAGAAUCCACUCAGGAGAGAAACCAUAUAAAUGUUCCCAGUGUGGAAAGAGGUUCACUCAGAUCUCAAAUCUUGCUUCCCAUCAAAAAAUCCACACAGGAGAGAAACCAUUUAAAUGUUCAGAAUGUGGAAUGAUUUUCAGACAGAAAGAGCAACUCACUUCCCAUCAAAGAAUCCACACAGGGGAGAAACCAUAUCACUGUCCUGAGUGUGGAAAGAGCUUCAGUGAUAGCUCAAACCUUGCUUCACAUCGAAGAAUCCACACUGGGGAGAAACCAUAUCAAUGUUUAGAGUGUGGAAAGCAGUUCAGACAAAUCUCAAGCCUUUCUUGCCAUCAAAGAAUUCACAGUGGGGAGAAACCAUAUCAGUGCUCAGAAUGUGGAAAGAGCUUCAGUGUCAGCUCAAAUCUUCUCACCCAUCAAAGAAUCCACACAGGCGAGAAACCAUAUCAGUGUUCAGAGUGUGGAAAGACCUUCAGUCGGAAGGAGUGCCUCAUUUCCCAUCAGAGAAGUCACACUGGAGAGAAACCUUAUCAAUGCUCAUUGUGUAGAAAGAGUUUCAGUGCCAGCUCAAGCCUUGCUUCCCAUCAGAGAAUCCACUCAGGAGAGAAACCAUAUAAAUGUUCCCAGUGUGGAAAGAGGUUCACUCAGAUCUCAAAUCUUGCUUCCCAUCAAAAAAUCCACACGAGAGAGAAACCAUUUAAAUGUUCAGAAUGUGAAAUCAUUUUCAGAAAGAAAGAGCAACUCACUUCCCAUCAAAGAAUCCAAUGGGAGAAACCAUAUCACUGCCCUGAGUGUAAAAAGAGCUUCAGUGGAAAGAAGUUCAGACAAAUCUCAAGCCUUUCUUGCCAUCAAAGAAUUCACAGUGGGGAAAAACCAUAUCAGUGCUCAGAAUGUGGAAAGAGCUUCAGUGUCAGCUCAAACCUCACCCAUCAAAGAAUCCACACAGGCGAGAAACCAUAUCAGCGCUCAGAAUGUGGAAAGAGAUUCAGUGACAGAUCAGGUCUUGCUUCACAUCGAAGAAUUCACACUGGGGAGAAACCAAAUUACUUGUUGGCAACCCACCGACUAGCCGUCAGAGGCCCGAAGCCAAUCGCCCCGCCCCGCAACUCCCUGCAUGGCUGCACCAAUCCUCAAAGCCGCCUCCCCAGUGGAAGGCGUGUCCAGCCUCGGAGCAGAGAUGCCUCCUCGUCGUCUGUGGGAUUGCCUGAUGAUGCUGUAGAGAGGAUUAAAUCAUACAAGCUGAAACAUAAUCCUGGCCAGAUGGCAGUAAUGCUGGAAUUAUGUGGCCAUGAAUCAGGAGAAGGAUUUCCUACUCAACAAAAUGGGAAGAGUGAAGAAUUCUGGGAGAGAUCAGCACCAGAGACCCCACACGAGGACGCCACCAGCUCAGACACAGAGUGCCAGCGCUUCAGGCACUUUUGCUAUCUGGAGGCUGAGGGGCCCCGAGAGGUUUGCAGCCGGCUCCACCAUCUUUGCCGUCAGUGGCUGAAGCCGGAAAGGCACAGCAAGCAGCAGAUGCUGGACCUGGUGAUCCUGGAGCAGUUCCUGACCAUCCUGCCUCUGGAGAUGGAGAGCUGGGUGAGAGAGUGCAGAGUGGAGACCAGUUCCCAGGCGGUGGCCCUGGCAGAAGGAUUCCUCUUGAGCCAGGCGGAGGCCAAGGACCAGGAAGGGCAGGGGCCAUCAGAAGGGGCUGCUGAUCCAUCAGAACACAGGUGGAGGUCACUGUUUGGGUUGAUCCCACUGGAGGGUGAUGGAGGUCCCACCCCGCUGGGUAGUAGAAGGACGCUGCCUGCUUGUUCUGGGCCUCCCUCUCUUUGUGGCAGAGGGAAAGCAUCGUCGGGGCAUGUGGAGCAGGGUCUGAUGUCCUUUGAGGAAGUGGCUGUGUGCUUCUCAGAGGAGGAGUGGGCUUUGCUGGAUCCAAGCCAAAAGACUUUGCACCGGGAAGUCAUGGUGGAAAACUGCAGGAACCUGGUGUCUCUGGGAUUUCAGCUUCCCAAAGCUGAUUUCAUCUCCAAGCUGAAAGAAGGGGGAGAUCCCUUGAUUCAGGGCUCUGAGGAAGCAGAAAAAUUGGCAGAGGGGGAGAGGAAAAGGAGGUGGAAACAGCAAAGAAGGAAUAGUGGGGCCAGACUUCAAGGGAGGAAGAAACCAGUUGCUCCUGAAUGGUGUAAUUCCUAUGGAGUUACAGUUCAAGAACAAAGUCAAAUAGGAACCAUGGGGAAUAAAUUCCCUGUAAAUGCAAAAAUCUCAACUGGUAGGUCAAGACUUGGUACUACUCAGACAAUAAAGAACAGGGAGAAAGAUCUGAAAUCCUCAGCAGAUUGGAAGAGUAAUCAGCUGAGCAAUAACCUUAUUUUACAUGAAAGAUUGGACACAGAUGAAAAUCCCACUAAAUGCUUUAAGUGUGGAAAGAGCUUCAGUGACAGAUCAAGUCUAGCUAAACAUCAAAGAAUCCACACAGGGGAGAAACCAUAUAAAUGUUCAGAGUGUGGGAAGAGCUUUACUCAGAAGGAGAACCUAACUUCCCAUCAAAGAAUCCACACAGGGGAGAAACCAUAUCAGUGCUCAGAAUGUGGAAAGAGUUUCCGUGACAGAUCAAAUUUUGCUUCACAUCGAAGAAUCCACACUGGGGAGAAACCAUAUCAAUGCUUAGAGUGUGGAAAGAGCUUCAGUCGGAUCUCAGGCCUUGCUUGCCACCAAAGAAUCCACACGGGGGAGAAACCAUAUCAAUGUUCAGAAUGUGGAAAGAGAUUCAGUGAUAGCUCAAACCUUUUCACCCAUCAAAGAAUCCAUACAGGGGAGAAACCAUAUAAGUGUUCAAUUUGUGGAAAGGCCUUCAGUCACAAGGAGCAACUCACUUCCCAUUUAAGAGUCCACACAGGGGAGAAACCAUAUCAAUGCUCAGAGUGUGGAAAGGCCUUCAGUGUUAGCUCAAACCUUUUUUCACAUCGAAGAGUCCACACAGGGGAGAAACCAUAUCAGUGCUCAGAUUGUGGAAAGAGCUUUAGUCGGAAGGACCAUCUCAUUUCCCAUCAAAGAAUCCACACUGGGGAGAAACCAUAUCAAUGCUCAGAGUGUGGAAAGAGCUUCAGUCGGAAGGAGUACCUCAUGUCCCAUCAGAGAAUACACACCGGGGAGAAACCAUAUCAAUGCUCAGAAUGUGGAAAGAGCUUCAGUCAGAUAUCAAACCUUGGUUGCCAUCAAAGAAUCCACACUGGGGAGAAACCAUAUCUUUGCUCAGAAUGUGGAAAGAGCUUUAGUGACAGCUCAAAACUUGUAACGCAUCUAAGAAUCCACACUGGAGAGAAACCAUAUCAGUGCUCUCAAUGUGGAAAGAGCUUUAGUCAGAUCUCAAGCCUAUCUUGCCAUCAAAGAAUCCACACUGGGGAGAAACCAUAUAAAUGUUCAGUAUGUGGGAAAAGCUUCAGUGUCAGUUCAAGCCUUGUUUUGCAUCAAAAAAUCCACACAGGGAGAUCCUAUAUUAAAGGGCAGAGAGUGGAAAGUGCUUUAGCACCACCUCAAAGGUUGCUUCACAUUGAAGAAUCCACACUGGGGAAAAACCAUGGAUAUCCUCAGACUAGAUAAAUCUUCAGAGUCAGAUCUAACCUUUUUUCCCCAUCAAUGAAUCCACACAGAGGGGAGACCCUAGGAAUGGUACUGACCAAGGAGAUCUCUGAUGUGAAAAUGCCUCCCUGGAAAAGGAGGUUGCACUUGCAGUAUUCACAGAAACUGCAUUGUACCCACUGUUGAAGGAUUUUGUCCCUUGAUGCCAUUUUUGUUUACGUUAUUGCUGUAUUUGAGAAUGUGGUUUAAUUCGGCAUUUCCACUUCAGGGUUUUUAAAGCAUUUCUUACAAGUAUAGCUUUCUUAAAAUGGCUUUAAGCUGCAUUUGGCAUCUCUCCUUGUUGCCUGAGUACAAAUAGCAUAGCCCAUGUUUGUGGGGGGUCUCUUUGUACUGGCCAUUUUCCAACUUGCUCUGCCAUUGGCACUUCUACUGCCUAGCUGGAUUAGGAGAGUGUAGUUCCAACCUGCAGAGUGUCCACUUGUUCUCAGAGGAGUGUAACUAGCAAGUGAUGCUAAAUGAGGGCUGAUCUUCCCUUGGCCUUUGGGGUUUCAUCUUGUUCCUUAUGCUGUAUAACGUGUUAAUAGAUCCAUUCUGUAUGGUUGUCAAGAAGCUUAGGGUACCCUGUCAGCAGUAUGUUGUUGGUACACAUCUCUCAUUCUCCUUUUGAAUGGGUCCUAAAGAGGCUGUAGUGUUGUUUUAAUGGUGCCCAAAUCAGCAUGUAGUUGGAGGAGUGCUGAAGAAGUUGAGUUUUUGCUCAGACAAGAUGGACAUUGCCAUGGUGGGGGAUGUAGAUGAUCCUGAACGUGGUGUGCAGCCUGUGUUGGGAGGGACUGUGUUCUCCCAAAGAUUCCUGUUAGCAGUCAGUUGUCAUCUCAGGCUGGGUCUUCUUCUGGAUUCCCUGAGUUGUUGUCAUACAAAUGUUUUCCCACACCUGGGCUUCCUUAAUAAUGGUGUUUUCAAGAGCAUCCAUAUGAUGUCGUCCUCUUUUGGUUCUGAUUCUGUGUUUUAUCCAGUCAGAGGCGAUUGAAAGAAAAUGUCAUGAUGUGUCUGUCCCAACUAACUCUGCGUGGUUAUUCUACCAAUCCCACACACGUGGCUGGGGAGGAGAAGUAGCUAUUAUCCUCUGUGGGUCUUUCAACAGCUGUAGACUCCCAGUUCAAAAUAUCAUUGGUAUUGACAUUGUGGACUAAUGGUAAUUUAGGUAUACGGCUUGUUUACUGGCUGCUGCCUAGGUAUCCAGUAGGAGCCCUAUCUGAUUUGUCAGAGGUGCUCUUGGACGUGGUGCUGGAAACACCUAGACUGAUUGUUGGGACUUCACCAUUCAUGGCAGGGAUACCUUACCAGGAUCGGCCCAGAAUUGUAUAGCUUUGUUGAGUGCCUUGGGCCUCUCUCAAUUGAGGAUGGGCCCGACAUAUGAAAGAAGUCCCACCCUGGUCUUAAUCUGUUGCACUGAAGCUUUGAGGGAAGGAUUGGGGAUUAGAUCUCAACCAUGGUUUGACUACUGUCUAAUCAAGGCAAGAGUGAGAAUGACCCCCAAUGCCCUGCCGGAAAGGGAGCCUGAUUAAAAUAGUCCACUCAUAUAGAUCCUGUUGGAUUCCAAAAUACUCUGGGGGAUUUUAGGAUUCCAAACUCAUGCUCUGUUGAGGCUGCAGUGGGAGAAUGGAAUGUGAAGCUCCUUGUACCUAUCAGCAAGGUUCUCCCUUGUCCACCUCUCCCACCCUUGGGGCAGAAUCCAGCCCCCUCGUUUGCCAGGCAGCUGGGCGACCUGAAGAGAGACAUUCAACAUCUAGAAAGAUGCUGGUGGGAAACUUGUACUGAAUCAGACAAAUCAUGCUAUCAGUCCUGUUUGGAGAUCCCAUUUGGAGGCAGUGACAGUGGCAAACAAGUGACACUUCUCUACUACCAUUGUAUCAGCUAGUUCAUGACUGUCCCUAUUGUUCUAGGUAGCUCAGGAGUUGCUUACUUCAUAAGCUCAGGAGUUGCUUACUUCAAUAAGCUUAUUGUCUCACAAACAGACAAUUAGUUUUGCAAAGCUAUUUGUUGAUAACAUAUUGGAAAUAAGCAUUGAUCUGGAUGGUAGUUUAAAGGUAAGAUGGUCAGAAGGAAUGCCUAAUAUAUUGCCUGGUCUAUUUAUGGACCAUUUUGACCCCAUUUCUGUGAUGGAUGUUGACAAGAUCCUGCGAUCUGUGAAGGCCACAACCUGUGCCCUGGAUCCCUGCCCAUUAGGGUUGCCAGAUCAGGGUUGGGAAAUUCCUGGAUAUUUGAAGGUGGAGUUUGGGGAGGGCAGGGUUGGGAAGAGGAGAGACCUCAGUUGGGCAUAGAACCAUAAAGUUCACUAUCUGAAGUAGCCUUUUGCUCCAGGGGAACUGAUCUUUGUAGCCUAGAAAUCUGUUGUAAUUCCAGGAGAUCCCAAGGCCCAAGGCCAAGAAGUUGGUAACACUGUUCCCCAUCCUGGCUGCUAAAAUCAUGUGAGGACCAUAUCAGUGAAUCCUUAGUGUUAGAGCUAACUCACAAUAUUGACCUCCGGCCACUAGAAUUGCCCAAAGUGUAGCUAUUUUCUUCCUCUGUCUCUCUAAUGCUGUCCAUGUGACAGCUCCCGGGCUGGAAUACAGGCAUGUAGGUGUGCUUAUCAGUGGCCGAGAUCAGUCUGCCUGAAAAGGUGUGUUUCAAGUGCUCUGACACAAUUUAUGUUUCCCGGCUCCUGCAAGUCAGAAAGAGACCCUGGAGAUGGAUGAUCAUGGGCCCCUUAUCAGUGAAGUGUCAAAUAUGACACCAGGCAGAGAACUUAGGCUGAUCCAGCCUGGUAACCCUAGAGACCAGGAACCAGAUCCUGGUCCAAACUGAUGUAAGCCUCUUACAAGAGAAAAGAGGGCAAAUUCGAAAAGGAUAUUUAUAUUUCUUGCAGAGAAAAUCGGAAGCCUUCUUGUAGAUUAUUUAAUUUUUCUUUUUCUACAUUUUAUUUCAUUUUAAAAAAUGUUCGUAUAUUGUGUUCGUUUUGUCUGCUUGCUAGUUGUUUUUUUGUUGGGUGAGUCUUUGUGUAACUAUAUCUUUAUCUUUUUAUUAAAUAAAUACAAAUUUUAAAAGAGGGCAGACUGGAGUUAGGAAGAGAGAAUCGUCAGGCCCACAGCUUGGGAACAGGAAGUGGGGAGCGGAGUUCCUGUGCAAACUACGUGGCCCAUCUCCACAACCUAGCCAACUUUUGGGUAAGUUUUGUGUUCACCAUGAAUGAGAUUAUCGAAUAAAAUACCAGAAGUGCAGUUGGGCUCCUUGUCUGCCCUCUAAGCAAAGAUGGGUGCAUUUCGUCUCUGGCUGAUCUGUC